UCGGGAUUUUCAGGAGACGGCUACAGAACGCUCUAAAGAAGUGGGCAAUGGCCGACGAAAGCAUAUGGAAAAUAAAACGCCACAAGGCUCCCUUGUUUUUGCGGAACGUCUCCAAUCAGCGGGAGCGGCUGCUUCCGCUUUGGCUGCCUCGGAACAGGCGCCGGGGCUCCCGACUGCGCGCGCCGACCUCAGCUGCCGAUCAAAAGCAGGCGGACGGCCGGUCAGGUGAUCAGGAGACGGCGAGAAGCGCGUGUGUUUUUUAUUUUACCACUGGAAUCGACGCCAGCGGUCCCGCAAGUGAGGAUUGUGUGGUCGUCAUUAAGCGGGUGGCUUGAUUUUUCACCUGAGAAGUAUUGAUUCACCAGUCAUGAUGCUUGUUACUUCCUCCUUUCUUCUGGCCUUUGUCUCUUUGUCCAUGGCUCUGGAUAAUGGGCUCUUGAGAACACCCCCAAUGGGAUGGCUGGCAUGGGAGCGAUUUCGUUGUAAUGUGGAUUGCAAGUCAGAUCCCCACAACUGCAUCAGUGAGAAGCUCUUCAUGGACAUGGCGGACUGUAUGGCAACCAAUGGUUGGAGGGAGUUGGGCUAUGUGUACGUGAAUAUAGAUGACUGCUGGAUGGCAAAGGAGAGAGAUGCAUCAGGACAGCUGAUUCCAGAUCCUGAGAGGUUCCCAAGAGGAAUCAAAGCCCUGGCAGAUUAUGUCCAUGCACGGGGUCUGAAACUUGGCAUUUAUGCUGACAUAGGUAGCCACACUUGUGCAGGGUACCCGGGCACCACAUUAGACCACAUUGAACAAGAUGCAUUAACAUUUGCACAGUGGGGAGUGGACAUGCUGAAGCUAGAUGGCUGCUACUCAAUAGCAGUGGAACAGGCCCUAGGUUAUCCUCGAAUGUCUAGGGCUCUGAAUGCAACAGGCCGUCCUAUUUCCUAUUCCUGUAGCUGGCCAGCCUAUCGAGGAGGACUUCCACCCAAGGUGAACUAUACUCUCCUAGCAAACAUAUGUAAUCUCUGGCGAAAUUAUGGUGACAUACAAGAUUCUUGGGACAGUGUCCUUUCCAUUGUGGAUUGGUUCUCAGCCAAUCAGGAUGUUCUUCAGCCAGUGGCUGGCCCAGGCCAAUGGAAUGACCCAGACAUGCUCAUUAUUGGAAACUUUGGUCUCAGCGAUGAACAGGCUCAGUCACAGAUGGCCUUAUGGACCAUAAUGGCUGCUCCCCUUUUCAUGUCCACUGACCUUCGUGUUAUUUCUGAGAGAGCCCAAAAGAUUCUGCAAAACAAGCUAAUGAUCAAAAUUAACCAAGAUCCCCUGGGAAUCCAAGGUCGCAGAAUCCUUCAGGAAAAAUCUCACAUAGAUGUAUUUUUGCGACCACUUUCCCACUCGGCCAAUGCUCUGGUUUUCUUCAGCCGGAGGACAGACAUGCCUUACCGCUACACCAGUUCCCUAGCCCAACUCAAUUUUACACAGAAUGUUGUAUAUGAGGCACAAGAUGUGUAUAGUGGACAGAUCAUCAGUGGCCUGAAAGUUGCUGACAAUUUCACUGUUGUCAUUAAUCCCUCUGGAGUAGUCAUGUGGUAUCUCUACCCUAUUGUGUACCUGGACCAGCCUUCCAGCUUCUUAAAACAACAGCCAGAAGCCAAGAAGUUUCAUCCCUUCUCCCUGUGGAAUCCAAAGGCCAAAUAGGUCAGAAUCUGGUAUGAUCAUUCUGCAAGCCAUGGGGGCAGUGCUCCCUCCUGAUAUAGCUAUCAGUGCCUCAGACUUGAAGGGGGAAAAAAAGACUGCAAAUGGUGAUGACUUUUACAUAGCUAAAUGUGAAUACCAAGAUAAUGUGCCAUGUUUCCCCGAAAAUAAGACAGGGUCUUAUAUUACUUUUUGCUCCAAAAAUGCAUUAGGGCUUAUUUUCA